UUGCUUUUCCCCAAAAACAGGCUACGUUGAACUUCCUCAGGGAUGUGCGUUUCUAGUUGCAAUUUUCUCCCUCAAGCUACAAUAGUUGGGUAAGCGAAGAAAGAGAUAAACCUAAAGUGAUUUAGAAACCGAUGCUUUCCGAAACCAUUUCCUCCGAGCAUUCAUUAUCAAUUGAAUAACAAAAGUUUUAAAACUGCAUUUAAAAUGAAAUUUUAACUUUUAUCUCCCACAGUGAAUAUGAAACCUCAACGCAAUCUCUACUCGUUUAACCCAAGUCCAUCUCAUACAUACACGGGAACUUUCGAUUGAUGUGUGUAGUAAAAUCUGAGAUGAAAUCAUCGUCAACUGCAUAUUUUCUUUCAAGUAGUCUGUCUUCAAGCUUGUCGUCCCCUUUUCUGCAUUUUGGAAAAAGAUACAAUGCUGCAGCUUAUCGUUUAUAAGGUUAGUUGAUGGAUAGAUGGAUGGAUGGAUGGAUGGACAGAUGAAUACAUGUCUCUUCUUAUAAUGGGGUUGACCCGAAUAAAACGAAGGCAAAAACUCUAUAGCACUCACUGCGAAAGAAAUUGCAUUCGUUCGUCUAUAAAAGACGGCUUGGAACGAAAGAAGCUGCCACUCAGGUUAACUAGAUUCUUUACAGACGAUCACGUCGAACGCGAAUCGAAGAAUGCAUGCAUGCAUUGCCUACGCACUGCUAAUACAUUCUUCUGCAAAGUUUUUAUACAAUCAAAUCGUGUUGAUAAAUAUAAGAGUAAUAAUAAUAAUAAAUCUAAGAAAAUCGAACCUGAUAAUAUCAAUCUCAUUGCCCGGAGGACGUCGCGGCCCGUCAUCUAUGACUCGCAGCUCGUGAUAUCUUCCUGCAAGCCGUUGCUGCCGAAUAUCAAUGGGACGUGGUGGUGGUGGGCGAUAUGGAUGCCUAUAAAACUAAAUUUACAAAUUGACAACUUAAAAAUGACGUCAGCACCUCGUAUCCUUCGCUAUACGUAACAUAGUACAACUACCUCAGAA